UGCAAGAAAUACUUUCACUUGAUGAGGCUGUCCCAUGUCGUUUCAAGUGUUCUUUGCGCUAUCCAUGAGCAUAGUGAAUCCUGAGCAUUUGUGCUGUUCACCAUUCUUCGAACCAGAGAGUGUCCGUCUGGAUACGUCUUCACCAAGUGUUUUCAAAGCAAUGUCCAAUUACGUGUUUUGUACCAGGCUGGCCCUGAACGCACAUGUUAUCGGCUUUUGUCAGCCUACUCUUCAGCAGUGUGUAGAGGAUUUCAAGAUGGAAGUGAAGGCUAGCACCAUUAUCGGCGAUCCGUUGGCGCUGCAGAACGUUCUGGCACGUCGACGCGGCGAGGUUGAGGUCAAUACACUCCCAUGGAAACCUCGGGAGGAGUAUCAAGCGUGGCUCCGGAAACAAGGGAGGCUAGCUGGUGACACACGAAGCAAUUAA